AAAAACAAAGGAAAAUCAACAGCAGGGGUGGGGAGGGGAGGGUUUAGGCUGGUGGGAGUUGCAAAGCGCUAAAACCUCUCAGCAGAAGCUCUAAUGGCAUCGGCUUCCAGAUCCGCUGCGAUGAUCUGUAGAAGGUCUUUGUGCAGUCGCCGUAAUUCAAUUAUCAAAAGCCUAAUUCCAAAUCCCGUACACGCCUCCUCGUUAUCUUCUUCGACGCGCCAAUUUCCAGUUGCUGUUUCAAGGUUUGCUUCAGUGUUGGGUAGCUUGGAGUCAAUGCUGCCACUCCAUAGCACAGUUGCAGCUGCUCGAUUGAAGUCCAAUGUUGGUGUCGAUACGGCCUGCUGGAGCUGGCUUUCUCAAGAUUUUGCAAUUCCACGGUGACGAAAGAUCCAGACAACCUUGCAUCCAUCAAUCUUGGCUUGAAUCAAGUAUGCAGUCAUUCUUCAUGUGCUAAUGUUCUCCGUUGUUAUGGCCAUUUCCUGGUUAUCUUUGCUGAUAUAAAUCUCUCCCUUAUCGGCUUUUCUCAAGCGAUUAUAUGACUCAAGCCUUGAUGGAUGUCAAUGAAGAUGAAGGAUUGAUUCCUCUAGGAGAUAUGGAGAAUGCUGAUGGAGAGCUCCAUGAAAAUGGGGUGGCAAAAAAUGGCCAUCCCAUGAAGAGGCACUCCUCCUUCCAGCCCAGUAUUAAGGUUUCUUUGCAUUGGCUUGAUUUGAGAGUCUUCUAUGUCAGAGUUAGCAAAUGUGUGAUGGAUGAUGAUUCAGCACCAGAGUACCUUACGCUGAACCAUGUUCCGUUGAAUCGUGAUACUCUCCUAGAAGUCAAUUGUGUGAGGAGUAGCAUAUAUUCUGAUGGUGUGUCAACCCUUCUGAAAAGGGAUAGAUUAGAUAAGAGAUCCGAAGAAGUUACAUUCGUAGGCACUGAUAGCAUCAGAAUGACCGGAAGCCUGAAGUUUGAGGUUUUCAACAAAGAUGUGCUAGUACUAUCGGGGACCUUAGAAAUGUGUCAUAGCAAUGGAUUUAUGGGGGAUUCAAAGUAUCAAGGGCAGAAUUGGAGUAUGAACUGUGAGUCGGAUGUACCUGCGGGCACCGGAUUUUUCAAGGGAAAUCAAAAUCAAUACACCGGCUUUGAACCUGCUUCGCCGGCGAUUGAAGUUUGUGUGGCUGGUAGCUUCUCAGGUAGUCCUAUUAUAUUGACUAAAACUUUGCAGCUUAGUCAGAGGAGGAAGCAAAUGAGGAAAGGGAUGCUGGAGUCCAUACCGGAAUAUGAGGCAAGUCGAAGCCAGGAAGAUGAUUCCUCCACCCUUACAAUGCAGUCGAGGCAUUACCUUGAGUACAAACCAGAGGAGGAAGGGCACUGCAGUCCUUACUCGAGCAUAGAAUAUCUUGAAGGGGAAGAUGGAGAAUUAUCAUGGUUCAAUGCUGGGGUAAGAGUAGGUGUUGGAAUCGGCCUGAGUGUCUGUCUUGGAGUAGGAAUAGGAGUGGGAUUGCUUGUUCGGACUUACCAAGGAACCACCAGAAAGUUCACAAGACGCCUACUGUAAUACGUUUCUUCUCUUCACUAAUCUGACGUAUGUUUUGGAAAGUGGUCUUCCCUACCUGCUGACAUACUUGUGCUCGGGCACUUAAGCCACAAGACUCACGCAAAAGUUACCUGUCGUCUUAGAAACUGCUAAUAAAAAUGCAAUUUAAUCAACAUAGGAAUUUUCCCCAGAAUUUUCUGAAGCCGAUGUCAUAAGAUGCAACAGUCUAAGCUGUGUCCAUGAGUAAGAUCUCUUGUAAUGUAGCCUGUGCAGUUGUGGAGUACUAUUUCUUGCAAUGUUGUAUAAUCUCUUUGGGAUGAGACUUAAACCCUCUUCCAGGCAAUUUCAUGCAUAUCAUCGUGGGUUGCA